UUUUCAGGCUUCCAAUCAUUCAGGUAGAGAGAGAGAGAGAGAGAGACAGAGGGAGAGAAAGCAAGCAGUCAGUUGGAAGCGGACGGACGCGGUGGUCAGAAUGAACCAUUAGUCACCGACCACUUGGUCUAAGGACGUUAAAAGAAAUUCAUUUGAGAAAAGCGUGUUACCGUUCAAGAUGAGUCGCCCACGUGUGGACUCGGAGGAGUCGCUGACGCCCGAUGAUGAGGUGAUGCCAUACAGCGAUGACGAGACUGAUGACGAGAGAGAGCCCGAGGAAGUAGAGGUGCAGCAGCCGGCCGUCCCGGCACCAGAACCCGUAGAAGCCGGAUGGAAGGUCAAAGUAAAUGACAGAGAUUACUGCAAACUUCCAGAAUUCCAGAAGAAGACAUUUCUGUGCUUCAAGAAGAGCAAGUACUCUGGAAAUGGAAUCAGGACCUAUAAAUACAACGUCAUCACCUUCCUGCCCCUGAACCUAUUAGAGCAGUUUAAAAGAGCCGCCAACUUUUACUUCCUCAUCUUGCUGAUCCUGCAGAUCAUUCCCCAAAUCUCUACGCUGCCCUGGUAUACCACCUUAGUGCCUCUGGUGCUGGUGCUCGGCAUCACCGCCAUCAAAGAUCUGAUGGAUGACCUGGCUCGCCACAGGUUGGAUAAAGAGAUCAACAACAGGAAGUGUGAGGUGCUUCUUAACGGCAGCUUUCAGGAGACCAAGUGGAUGGACAUUCAAGUUGGUGACGUGGUCCGAUUGAAGAAAAACGACUUCAUUCCUGCCGACAUUUUGUUAUUGUCCAGCUCUGAGCCAAACAGCCUGUGUUAUGUAGAGACGGCAGAACUGGAUGGUGAGACGAAUCUGAAGUUUAAGAUGGGUUUAAAGGUGACUCAUGAGACGCUGCAGGAGGACAGACAGCUGGCAGAGUUUGACGCCAUGAUCAUUUGCGAGGAACCGAAUAAUCGCUUGGAUAAGUUCACAGGCACGAUGAGAUGGAGGAAGGAGGAAUACCCACUAGAUCUGGAUAACAUGCUGCUCAGAGGCUGCACGAUCCGGAACACGGAGGAAUGCCGCGGAAUCGUCAUAUUCGCAGGAGCUGAUACUAAGAUUAUGAGGAACGGCGGAAAGACCAGGUUCAAACGCACCAAGAUAGACAACCUUAUGAAUUACAUGGUGUACACGAUCUUCGUGAUGCUGAUCCUGAUAUGCGCCGGCUUGGCGAUCGGACACACGUUUUGGUACGAGGCCAUCGGCGGUAAGGCCUGGUAUCUGUACGAUGGGCAAAGCCAGACGUCCUCCUACAGAGGCUUCCUCACUUUCUGGGGCUACAUCAUUGUCCUCAACACCAUGGUCCCCAUCUCCCUCUAUGUUAGUGUGGAGGUGAUUCGUCUGGGCCAGAGUAAGUUUAUAAACUGGGAUCUCCAGAUGUACUACGCUGAGAAGGACACUCCAGCCAAAGCUCGCACCACCACCCUGAACGAGCAACUCGGCCAGAUCGAGUACAUCUUCUCGGACAAGACGGGCACUCUGACACAAAACAUCAUGGCCUUCAAGAAGUGCACCAUCAGCGGGAAAACAUAUGGAAAUCCGACAAACAAAGACGGUGUCCCCCAGGAUCGUCCAAAUCCGGUUGACUUCAGCUGGAACAAGUACGUCGACAGAAAGUUCCAGUUCACCGACAGUCACCUCGUUUCCCUCAUCUGCUCCAAAAGCGACCCAGACAUGCUGGAGUUCUUCAAGCUGCUCUCGCUCUGCCAUACUGUUAUGGCGGAGUGGAAGGAUGGUGAACUGGUGUACCAGGCUGCGUCUCCAGACGAAGGCGCUUUGGUCACAGCGGCUCGCUGCUUCGGCUUUGUGUUCCUGUCACGCACGCAGGACACCAUCACCAUCAGCGAGAUGGGUAAAGAGGCCACGUACAAGAUGCUCGCUCUCCUCGACUUCAACAGCGACCGGAAACGCAUGUCUGUUGUCUUGCGGCUUCCUGACGGACGAAUCCGGCUGUAUUGUAAAGGAGCCGAUACGGUGAUCUACCAGCGCCUCAGUCCUUCCACCCUGCACCGAGACACCACAGAAACGGCUCUGGAAGGUUUCGCCAACGAGACUCUGAGGACGUUGUGUCUGUGUUAUAAAGACAUCACCGAAGAAGAGUUUGAAUCGUGGGCUCAGAAACACAAGGAGGCCAGCGUGUCCAUGGCUGACAGGGAAGCGGCUCUGGAUGAAGUGUACGAGCUCAUCGAGACAGACCUGAUGAUGAUCGGUGCGACAGCCAUCGAAGACAAGCUGCAAGAUGGAGUCCCCGAGACCAUCGCCAACCUGGCCAGGGCACAGAUCAAAAUCUGGGUUCUAACUGGGGACAAGAAAGAGACCGCUGAGAACAUCGGAUACGCUUGUGAGCUGCUGACGGGUGACAUGAACAUUCACUAUGGAGAGGACGUGAAUCAGAAGCUUUCAGAGAGACAGGCAAACCGGAGGAACGAGACAGGAUCGGCGCGCGCAAAAAAGUCCCAGGAGCCAUUUUUCCCUGAACCUGGCAAAAAUGCUCUGAUUAUUACAGGAGGUUGGCUGAACGAGAUUCUGUACGAGAAGAAGAAGAAGCGCCGUCGCCUGCGCCUGCGUCGUCUCGGUAAGCGCGUCCCCCCCACCAACCACGAGGACGGCCAACCAAUGAACGACUUUGAGAAGGAGACGAGGCAGCGUGACUUUGUGGACAUGGCCUGUGAGUGCAGCGCCGUCAUCUGCUGCCGUGUCACCCCCAAACAGAAGGCCAACGUGGUGAGCCUGGUGAAGCGCUACAAAAAGGCCGUUACUCUGUCCAUCGGUGACGGCGCCAACGACGUCAACAUGAUAAAGACUGCAGACAUCGGCGUGGGCAUCAGCGGGCAGGAAGGCAUGCAGGCAGUGAUGUCCAGUGACUUCGCUCUAGCUCAGUUCCGGUACCUCCAGCGCCUCCUGCUGGUGCACGGCCGCUGGUCCUACAUCCGCAUGUGCAAGUUCUUACGCUUCUUCUUUUUCAAGAACUUCGCCUUCACUCUGGUUCACUUCUGGUACUCGUUCUUCAGUGGAUUCUCCGCACAAAUUGCCUAUGAAGACUGGUUCAUCACCCUUUAUAACGUGUUGUAUAGCAGUUUACCCGUCCUCCUCGUUGGCCUGCUGGAUCAGGACGUGAACGACAAACUGAGUCUGCGCUUCCCGAGGUUGUACCUUCCGGGACAGCAAGGGUCUUUGUUUAAUUACAGAAACUUCUUCAUCAGCCUCUUCAACGGCAUCUUCACAUCCCUUAUCAUCUUCUUCAUCCCAUACGGAGCUUUUCUGCAGACGAUGGGUCAGGACGGAGAGGCGCCGUCCGAUUAUCAGUCCUUGGCUGUGGUCACUUCGUCCUCGCUGAUCAUGAUAGUCAGCCUGCAGAUCUCACUGGACACAUCUUACUGGACGUUUGUGAACUGCUUCGCUGUCUUGGGCAGUAUAGCUAUUUACUUCGGCAUCAUGUUCGACAUCCAGAGUGCAGGAAUACACGUCAUCUUCCCGUCGUACUUCAAAUUCACCGGUGUUGCCGCUAACGCGCUUCGCCAGCCGUACCUGUGGCUUACCAUCAUUCUAACAGUGGGCAUCAGCCUCCUACCAGCCAUCUGUACGCAGUUCCUCUGUAAGACCAUCUGGCCAACUGACGGAGACAAGGUUCUCAGAAACAAGAAGAAGUACGAGAUGGAGGAAGAGGAGAAGAGGAAGGCUCCUACUUUCAAAAGAGGUGCUCGCUCGCGCCGCUCUACGUACGCCUUCUCUCACUCCCAGGGUUACGCCGACCUCAUCUCUUCGGGCCGGAGCAUCCGGCAGAAGCCACAGAAGCGGCCGGAUGUUAGGGAGAGCAUCAGGGAGGAACCCAUAGCUGAAAACCUCUGAGACCUUUAAUCUCGAAAUGUUUAGACAGGCAGGAACAACUACAUAUCUGUCCUGUUUUUAAAUAUGCAGAGACUGAUGAUGGAAUCACAAGAUUUAAUUAAGGAAACACUCGCUCAGCUUGGUUUUAAUAAUUCGGAAUGAAAACGGGCGUGACGCCGCCUGCCGUCUGAAGAGAUUCCACGUUGUUUUCCUUUUUUUGGCUCUAAAACUGCUAGUCCCAGGACCACUUGAUCUGCUCCCUUCUUUCCAGUGAAUAUGAACCGAGCCCAGGGGAACAGGAGUAGGGAAGGUCACUUAGGGAUCGAGGAGCUCUGUAGAGCAGAACGAGCCAGUGUUUCACAAAAAAAAAAAAAAAUAAGACCAACUUGGUUUUUAACACUGUGCAUGAAAAACUAGAUAUCUCAGGAUUUUAUCUUUCCACUUUUUUUUUUUAAGAAGGUGCAUUAUAUAGAAAUCCUAUAGGUGUCCUGCUCAAACACUUUCAUUCGCGUAAUGAAUUCACUCGACAUAUUUAAGUGUAAAGACCGACAUACGUUAUCUUCCUUCGACAACGCUACAAAUGUGACUACAUACUUUAUUUUAAAAAAAUAAUAAAAAAGCGACUAACACACUAUAAGACUAUAAGUACAGUCGUUAUAUUGUGGUAAAUGUUCCUACAUAAUGCACCUUUAAAACCUUAUUUAAGGCCCUGAACUCUGCCUCGAACUUCCGAACCCAGGUCAUGUUCUGUUACUUUCUCGGUUUUAACGUACUGACCUGCAGCUUCAUCGGGGCAGAGAAGGAGCCGGUGGUAUAAUGUCUCUUAAUUUAUCUACCUUUGUGAAUAUUUUUCAUCUGUCACAUGACUCUCGACUGUAAGGCUUGAAUCUUUAUCACGUUAACGACUUUGGACUUUGAGCUGCAUGAUGGAUUAUACUCAAGAACACUUUUUUUUUUUGGCAUUAAGGGAUGACUGGGUGUAUGUGGGAUGCCUUCCAGGUGGAGAACUUCUGAAUAAUGUUUACACUAAUAUUAUUAUUAAUUUUUUUUUUUUUGCACUUCCGUCUCCGCUAGUCGGGCAGAUCGUCUAUGAUCAGAACGGUGUCAUUUUCUCUGCACACUUUGACUCGUUUUUGUUUGUUUUUUGUUUUUUCCUUGCCUUUUGUGUCAAACAUUUCCCAUGAUUUUCCAUACAGCACUAAAUUCAGCCAUAUUCAGAUCCAGAUAUGAAGAUCAAUUCAUUCGGUGAAGGAAGUUCAGAAAAGUGUCUGUUUUUAAACAAACAAACAAAAAAAAUGGAGCUGUUACAUGGGUAAAGUCAAUCUGCCAUAAUAUAACGGAUGAUUAUUGGUUAGGUGUCUUUUUAACAUGGCUGUUUCCUGAACAGGAACAAGUGCCAGAACGAUCAGCAAUGCCAGUGCCUUAUGCUUAAAAUGAAAUAAAAUAAACGUUUUACACAAUGUUGUUUUUAAUGUAUUGUAAUAUACUUUGUACAAAUAACUAUGAAUAAAGGUGCACAAAUAACUGUU